UGAAAGGCUCGACUAGGCCUUACCCCCAUUCAUUGCCACAUGAGAGCCAUGGACACCCCCUUAAGGUGCAACCAUAUCUUCCCGGCAAAAGGUGUGACUGCCGACUACGAAACACAGCAAUCUUCUAAUGUGGCCGGUUCCUACAGGAACUCGUCCUCAUGGCACGAUAUCCUGGAAUAUCCUGACACUUGCGACAGCCACCGUCGGUAUUACAGCUUUCUUCAACGGACCCCUUCGUACAAGCCCCCUGUGGAUCAAACAGUGUAACUCUGUUUGGACAAUGUCUCUGUAUAGCCUUAACUAUGCAUGUGGAUUCUAGACACGGCGCAUUUUCUCCUUUGAAAUGUUGUAGGCGUAAUCCAUACGGGGAUUUUGCCAUGGAUACCUGCGCCACGACUUUGCAUUAGAUUUUGAUCUUUCAUUUUCCCUAUUAACAAGAUGGUCCAAGUCUCAAAACUAAAAGGAAAACAUAGAUACCCCUUUUAGGACAUGAUCUCGUUGAUUGCCCAUAACUGGUUGCAAAGAUGUCCAAACCGCUUCCGCCAGUACCUACCUUGAAGGUAUCUGAACGAUUUUCGGAUGAAAUUCAGAUACUGCCUCCGUCCUCGCAGUUUGACAUCGAAGAACCCCCAGACCCCACGAAGAGAUCGAAGAAAGGAUGGCCUUUCAGACUCGCCUUCUUCGCUCUAGCGACUGUGGCAUUUGCCAGUGCCCUCGACGCGACCAGUCUCUCGGUUGCUCUUCCGAUCAUUGCAAAGGAACUUGGGGGAACAACACUUGAAUCAUUCUGCGCUGGGGUUUCGUUCCUCUUAACUUCGAUUCUAUUUCAGCCGGUUCACACUGCGUUGUCGGAUAUUUUUGGCCGCAAGCAAAUUUUAUAUUGCUGCAUUGUUCUGUUUGGCGUUGGCUCGCUCAUCAUCGGCUUUUCCAGGGACAUGAAGACGUUGAUUGCAGGCCGUGCUGUCCAAGGCGUUGGUGGAGGCGGAUUAGAAGCCCUUUCGGAAAUAAUUCUCACUGAUAUCACCACGCUCGCAGAACGUCCGCUCUAUCUGGGUAUCUUGAGCUUUGUUUGGGCUGCCGGUUCAGCGUUUGGUCCGUUGAUUGGCGGUAUGUUCGCAGAGCUUGUUUCCUGGCGCUGGAUUGCCUGGAUCAACUUGCCAAUCCUAAUUUUCCCUGUUGUGCUGGUACCACUAUUUCUGCGCUUAAAGACAAUCCCGGAAUCGCUGAGAACUAAAUUCGCCAAAGUCGACUGGAUUGGAAUAGCCUUGUUUAUCCCCGGCCUCACGCUCUUUGCUCUGGCUAUUACGUGGGCUGGGAGCUUGUACCGGUGGACUUCUGCCGGUACGGUUGUGCCGCUAGUAUUUGGGAUACUGCUAUUGAUUGCGUUCGGGGUGUACGAAGGGUAUUCGAAAACGCCUCUGCUUCCUUACUGGCUUUUUACGGUCCCCACUCGCUGGGGUGCAUUGCUCGGAGCAUUCCUACACGGGCUCGUUCUUUACACGGUUGUGUUCUAUGUUCCAAUAUACUUCGAAGGUUCUCUCGGGCUAGAACCCAUAUCUGGUGCCAUCACUGCGUUACCCCUUUCUGUGGGCGUCUCAAUUAGCGCGGUCGCUACAGCAUUCGCAAUUGAAUACAUUCGCCGAUACACAUGGGCAGCUUGGUCCGGAUGGCUCCUUUCGACGGUGGGAAUGGGGCUGUUUAUUUUAUAUGAUUCACACACUUCGGUUCCGGAUCGGGUGGGUCUGCAAGUUGUUGCUGCUCUUGGAUUAGGGAUCCUUUUCCCAGGACUUGGGAUUCCCGUCCAGGCUGCGAGCGAUGAAUUACAGGCAGGGAUUGCUAUGGGGACAUUUGUUUUUGCUCGUCAGCUGGGCGCCGUCAUAGGUGUUGCGCUAGGCUCGGGUAUCUUUGCGAAUAAGUUUGCUGCCGAGAUCAAGAACGUCAACCUACCGGGGCCGCUAAAAGGCCUGGCAGAUGGAUAUGCGGCUAUAAGCAUGAUCCCAACCCUGAAGACUUUAGACCUACCUAGAGUUGAGAAGUUGGUUAUCCUUGACGUGUACACCGAUGCAACAAGAACCGUAUGGAUCACCAUGACUGUCAUCUCUGGAAUUGGGCUGCUCACUUGCUUCGCCAUCCGUGAGUUGACUUUGGAGAGGACGGAGACCGGUAGACAGGCUUUUGAAGGCUGAUGUGUUGGGAGUCUGAUUUCAUUCCUUUUUUUUUUCUUUUCUUUUCCGCAAUAUUCAAUGCCGAACUUCGAUACGGCCUAGAAUAAUAGAUGUGAGACCCAUUUUUUUACAUGA